CAAGGGCUGGGUCAGUGGAGUGUAGCACCGGUUCGUCUGGAAAGCCUGUAGCUAGCUACCUGGGAAUCGAUAAUGCGGAGAGGGAAAUAGAAUCCAGUCGGCAAUGUUAACCUGGAACGCGUCGUGCAAUACUACCUUUUGAAAAAUGUCAGAUGUAACCAAGACCAUCCAGAAAUGGCACGCGAGUUUUAAAAAAGGCACGGACUUUGAUUCGUGGGGACAGUUAGUGGAAGCAAUUGAUGAAUACCAAAUUCUUGCAAGGCAGCUGCAAAAAGAAGUUCAGUCGUCCAAUUUGUCAGAAUUCACAGAAGAGCAGAAGAAAACAUUAGGGAAGUUUGCAACAUGCCUCGAAAUGAGAAGCGCAGCCUUGCAGAGCACACAGUCCCAGGAGGAUUUCAAGCUGGAGGAUCUGAAGAAACUGGAACCCAUCAUAAAGAACAUUCUUACGUAUAACAAAGGUUUCCCCUUUGAUGUGCAACCGGUGCCUUUAAGGAAAAUCCUUGCCCCUGGUGAGGAGGAAAAUUUGGAAGUUGAAGAAGAGGAAGACGCAGUGGCCGGUGCAGGGUCGCCCGAAUCCUUUCCCUCCAGAGUCCCAGCUUUGCAAGGUACAUUGUUGCCAAGGUUACCCUCAGAGCCAGGAAUGACACUAAUCACAAUAAAGAUUGAGAAGAUUGGGCUAAAAGAUGCAGGUCAAUGCAUCGACCCCUACAUAACAGUUAGCGUGAAAGAUCUGAAUGGCAUCGAUUUGAACCCUGUACAGGACACCCCUGUGGCCACCAGAAAGGAGGACACAUACAUUCACUUUGGAGUGGAUGUGGAAAUACAGAAACACCUUGAGAAACUAUCUAAAGGGGCAGCUAUUUUCUUUGAAUUCAAGCACUACAAACCCAAGAAACGGUUUACCAGCACAAAAUGUUUCGCUUUCAUGGAAAUGGAUGAGAUUAAACCUGGUCCCAUUGUAAUUGAACUGUACAAGAAACCAACUGACUUCAAGAGGAAGAAACUCCAUCUCCUGACGAAAAAGCCACUCUAUCUUCAUCUCCACCAGACUUUGCACAAAGACUAAUCUGGGAGUCCAGGGACAGAGCAUGUGGAAGAACCAUCAAGCACCACGUUGCAGCCAAAUCUACUCAAGUCAUUCCACAGAUUCGGUGUUACCUUUGCACACUCAGCAUCCCUAAACCCAGGCUAGACCCAGGGCCAGACCAGGCCUUGAUGACACCACUCGUCCUGUCCUAACGCUGUGACUCGAUGGCCUCCAUGCCAUGCAACACCUUCCAGCUUGAGAGGGCAUGAUGAAUCCUUCAGAUGCAGGUUACUUUAUUUACAUCUAUUUUCUGUAUGUUUCUUUUUUGGAAAAAAAAGAAGGCAAGAGGUACGUGGGCUAACAGUCAGGAAGUCUGGCUAACUGCACACAGGAACAUUCCACCAACCAGCUUCAUGCCCCACACCCCCCCUCUAAUUACAUGGAGUUGUGGAUUUUUUUUUGUCCUCUAAACCCCUCCCCAGGAACUGAAGAAGAAAGGAUAAUGUUACAGUCGACUAAUGGAAGGAAGAUUAAUUUCAUACAGUUGAUGAUCAAAGAAUAUGUUGAUGUCACUUCCUGGAGCUACCUGGGAAGAAGAAAUGGAGGAUGCGUUUUGAAGCUCUGACCAAAACAGGAAGGGGUUUGUUUUUAGAGGUCACAUUCUUCGGCUUCUGAUAUGGGAUGUCAUUGGCCUUGUCCUGUUUUGGUAGAAGCACAGAAACGUGUCCUUGAUAUUGACAAGCUAUGAUGUCACCUUGUGAAAAAGGGCUUUUUUUUAACAAAGGAUGCUGCAUGUACCUUGCGUGGAUUUUUUUUUUUUAAUGCUGUUGCCUUUGAAAACAUUGGCAGUUACCCCCCCUACUCAGCCACUUUCUCUCUAUUUUUGUUUUGUUUCUUAAUAUUUGAUUCUAGAUGGUUUUAUUUUUUUAAUGUCAGAGAAUGCAGACUAUAGCUGGAUAUACUAAAGAAUACACUAAAAUGGUGCAUAUGGAUGUAUGUGUGCGCGCAGUUUGUGUGGAUGAGGUUUCCUAUGACAUCUUUUUGUGCUUUAGUUUGUCAUGAAAUGAUGCAUUGUGUAUUGUCCUUGGAUUGCAUAUUUACACUGCUUUAAUUUCUAAUAAACAAAGUGCUGCUUGA